GACUUCUUGAAAACUGGUGGCCACUGGCGCAAAGGUUUGAUUUGGCGAGAAGUGGUGAAGCGCCACAAGGGCAUUUCACGGGGAGUUCGGAAGUGGCUCACAAGGGCCCAAAUGAUCUCACACUUUGGGGAUGAAACAACAGCAGAUGCAGUGAUCACCCGGAAGGCAAGCCUCCCCGAACUUGCCGAUGAAAUCCGGGAUCAUCCAGAAUUGCCAGGCCUCAAGCAAUAUCUCAUCUUGGUCGAGGAUGAAGAGGUGCAGGAGGAAGAGGACCUUGUAACGGACUUGUUUAGGACGCAGGAUGCUGGGAGCAAAUCGGAUUCCAGCUCGAGCAGUGA